AUUUUAGAUACACAGAGGAACACAUUGGCUCCAGGGCACUUCCUCUGGUUUAGGAAGGCAAGUCCCGGAAUAAGAAUGACAAGAUGAUCAUUCCAAAAGGCCCUGGUAGAGUGCCCUGGCAUAAUAGCUCACAGCAACUUCAAACUCUUGAGCUAAAGUGAUCUUGCCUCAACCUCCCACGGAGCUGGGAUUACAGAAAUUGCCUCUUUCAAAAUUAUAUACAGACAUGGAUAUUAAUGAUGACCCUGAUGAAGACCAUCUUACAAGUUAUGAUAUUCAGCUCAGUAUCCAAGAAUCCAUUGAGGCCGAGAAGACUGUAUUCUAUCCUGAAAGAUUUGUACCCCUAAGUGAUCAAAACAGAAAAAUUGUGGAGGCCAUAAAGCAAGGUCACAUUCUUGAGCUCCAGGAGUAUGUGAAAUAUAAAUAUGCCUUGGAUGAAGCUGAUGAGAAAGGAUGGUUUCCAUUGCAUGAAGCAGUUGUUCAACCCAUUCAACAAAUACUUGAGAUUGUUCUGGAUGCAUCUUAUAAGGCACUUUGGGAAUUCAAGACCUGUGAUGGAGAAACACCCUUGACUUUGGCAGUCAAAGCCGGUCUGGUGGAAAAUGUGAGAACAUUACUGGAAAAGGGAGCAUGGCCUAACACCAAAAAUGACAAAGGAGAGACACCCCUUCUGAUUGCUGUAAGAAAUGGUUCCUAUGGCAUGGUAUCUACUCUGAUUAAACACAACGCCAGCCUUGACCAGCCCUGUGUCAAGCGUUGGUCAGCGAUGCACGAAGCGGCCAGGCAAGGCCGGCGAGAUGUCACCGCUCUGCUCCUAAACCAUGGAGGCAGCGUGCACCUGAGGGACGGAUUUGGAGUCACGCCGUUGGGGGUAGCUGCUGAGUACGGCCACUGUGAUGUGUUGGAACAUCUAAUCCACAAAGGUGGUGAUGUGUUUGCUUUGGCGGAUGAUGGGGCAUCGGUGCUGUUUGAGGCAGCAGGAGGUGGCAAUCCCGACUGCAUUGCCCUCCUGCUGGAAUAUGGAGGGAGCGGAAACGUACCUAACAGAGCAGGACACCUUCCUAUACACCGGGCUGCCUACGAGGGACAUUAUCUUGCACUGAGAUAUCUUAUCCCAGUAACAUCCAAACACGCAAUUCGGAAAAGUGGGCUAACCCCAAUUCACUCAGCAGCAGACGGACAAAAUGCACAGUGCCUUGAACUGCUCAUUGAAAACGGUUUUGAUGUCAAUACCCUCCUUGCUGAUCACAUUUCCCAGAACUAUGAAGAUGAGAGGAAGACCGCGCUGUAUUUUGCCGUUUCUAAUAACGACAUCCGUUGCACAGAAGUCCUUCUGGCUGCAGGGGCAGACCCAAACCUAGAUCCCCUCAAUUGUCUCCUGGUGGCAGUGAGGGCCAAUAACCAUGAACUUGUCCGGCUGCUUCUCUCCCACGGAGCUAACGUCAAUUGUUAUUUUAUGCACGUGAAUGACACUCGUUUCCCCAGUGUUAUUCAGUAUGCCCUCAAUGACGAAGUAAUGCUGAGACUAUUGCUGAAUAAUGGCUACCAUGCGGAAAGGUGCUUUGACUGCACUCAUGGGGACAUCUUUGGAAAUUCAUUUGUGUGGUCAGAGAUACAGGAAGAUGUUCUGCCAGGAUGGACAUCUUGCGUCAUAAAAGAUAACCCGUUUUGUGAGUUUAUCACAGUUCCUUGGAUGAAGCACUUGGUCGGCAGUGUUAUUCGGGUACUAAUAGAUUACAUGGAUUAUGUCCCUCUGUGUACCAAACUGAAGUCCGCACUGGAAGUACAGAGAGAAUGGCCAGAAAUCCGCCAAAUAUUAGAGAAUCCUUGUUCAUUAAAGCAUUUGUGUCGGUUAAAAAUUCGUAGACUAAUGGGACUCCGGAGACUCUGCCAGCCAGCCUCAAUGAAGAAGCUUCCUCUACCACCAGCUAUUCAAAGAUACCUAUUAUUUAAGGAAUAUGAUCUCUAUGGACAAGAGCUAAAAUUGCCAUAACUUAUUUUAAAACAAGUUUUCAAAACUAUUUUAAAAUGUGAUUUCUUCAAAGAAUUUCUUGGAAUCAUUUCGGAUCAUUAAGUGUAUUAAGUCCACUGACAAUUUCAUAGGUGGAUUGGGUGUUCUAUUGGAACAUCAUGAUUUAUUUCUUCAAAGACUUUUACAUUUUUUAAAGAUUGUUGGUGUUUUAUAUUUGAAUUUCUAUUGAUUAUAUUCUUUUGCUAUAAGCCUUCAAACUGUCCCUAUCAAGUGGCUCCCACAAUAUCCAUGAUCAGGAUUCUGUGUUUAAAAAAUGAAUAACCCCUUUCUCAAACUCACAUCUCUUGCCAGUUGCUGGCCCAUUUCCCCUCUGUGUUUUGUGGCUACACUGUGUUUUAGGAGAGCUCUGCCUGCCUGCAGGUUCACACACUGGGAUCUGGCAUCUGCACCCAUGUGGUUAUUCUCCGGGGCCCUGACAACAUCUUUGUUGAUUCAAGGGGCAUCUUUCAGUCCCCCAUCCAGUCAUUUCCUGCAGCAUCUGACAUUGUUGUCUCCGCCCUUUUCCCUUUCACAAUAUCUUGUUCUCUUGACCCUCCUCCCCUCCUCUCUGGCUUCUCUGCUCAUCUCCGAUCAGUCCUUUACUAAUAUAUCUUAAGCCCACUUUUCUGCUUAUGCAUUGUUCUCUGGGAAAUUUCAUCCACUUCUAUAUCCACAUCCACACUUCAAUCAUUUUGCCAGGGACUGCAAAAUUUAUAUCAAAGCUCAGCUCUUUCUCUCGUGUGCUUGAGACCCAUGCAGACAAUUGACAGACGACCCUGACAGAUGUUUGAACACAAUGACACAUCAGAUUCAACAUGUCCACAAAUGAACUCACUACCUGUGUCCACAGAAAAAGCUUUCUCUUUUGCCUUCUCUAGCUCAGUAAUUAGCACAAUGAUCAAUUCAGUUUCCAGAGGAGAAAACCUGGACAACAGCCUUGACUGUGCCACUUUCCUUACAAUGGCAAAUCCUAUUAUCUCCUGCAGUCUUCUACUCAGUGACCCCUGGUUGGGCCCCAAGGCUGGCUGCUAUCUCCUUUCUCUAGGAUGACACAGUGCUGCCCGUCCGGCUUCCUGCCUCUGUCUCGCCCUGUCCCACACACACUCCACACCCAGCACAUCAGAAGGAUGCUUUGCACAUGUGGACAGAGGCUCACCACCCUGCUUCAGGUCAUGAACAUUGCUCUUAGGUUAAGGUCCAGUGUUCUUUCCUGGCCCUUUAUGGUCUAACUCCUGCCUUCCUCUUUCACUUCAUCUCUUGAUGUCUCCCUUUCCUCCCCUCCCUUCAAGCAUAUUAAACAUGUUCUAGAAGUUUAUUCUUUAAACAAUGAUUCCCAGACUUAAAGGCUUUAUAUACCAGUUUUGCUUUUUCAAUUUUAAAAAUAAGAUCACCUAUUUAAAAAAAAACACUGUCUACUAUCAUGGUCAUUUCAUUGAAGAGGGGUCAUUUUAAUGCCAGAAAAUAAGAAGGUCAUAAACUCAGUCAUUAAAACUGAAUGACUUACCAUGCUGUCUUCAUUCCCCCUCUGAUGGGUGAAAUCUCACCAUGGCUAGAAACCACUGCUGCAGAGUAGACCAUGCUUCUCCCACUCAGGGUCUUGGCAUUUCCUUUUCCUCCACCUGAAACACUCUUCUGCUUUUUCUGCCCUUCAUCACCUGAUCUUCUCCCUCUGACACUAUGGGACUCAGUGGAGAUAUCAAUUCCUCUUGGAUGGGAGGCCAAGUGCAGAACUUCUCAUGCUGUGUCAGAAGUGCCUAUCUUCCCAUCCGCCUUCCUCAUUAGACCGUAAGCUCUGUGAGGGAAGCAGCUGUGUCUAUUCUGUUUUCCAGUGCUUUCGCAGGGCCAGACACAUUCCCUAGAGAAUAAAGAGAGUUCAAUAAUUACUUGUUCAACAUAUUGAAUGAGUGAAUAUUAUACAAAGCCCAGACAAAAAUAAUCAGAAAAAAUAAUAGUUUUGAAUUUCUGAGUUAGUUAUGUAAUCUUUGUAAUGUAAUUAUUUAGAUUCAUUAUUGUUAGAUUUUAACAAUGUAUUCUUCUUAUAUUUACUUUUAUUUAAGAGUUAUUAUAUUCUUUGAAUAGUAAUAACGCACUGGUUUAUAAAUUUUUCAUGAUGUAUUCAACAUUAUCUACCUUUGAAAGACAAACAAGGAGGCUGGGCAUAGUGGCUCAUGCCUGUAAUCCUAGCACUCUGGGAGGCUGAGGCAGGUGGAUUGCUUGAGCUCAAGAGUUUGAGACCUGCCUGAGCAAAAGUGAGCCCCCAUCUCUACUAAAAUAGAAAAACUGAGGCAAGAGGAUCCGCUUGAGCCCAAGAGUUAGAGGUUGCUGUGAGCUAUGACACCAUGGUACUCUACCCAGGGAGACAGCUUGAGACUGUCAAAAGAACGAAAGAAAGAAA